AUGUUUGCAUUGUGUCUGCAUCAAUCUGGAAAUAAAGUUCUUAGCAGCAGGAAUGUUCUUGGAAAGCUAACAGGAAAGUGGUUCCUCCAGAGCAAUGAAGAAUCUGACAGGUGUGCUGUUGUUCCCUUGUCAGGAGAUGCACCAGAGACUGAGAGAAAGGAGCUACUAGGAGGGGUGUCUUCCCAAAGCAACCAGGAUCUGGAAGUGGAACCUUGGGACGGAGAUGGACCGCAGGGGCAGCUGACAAUAAAGAGGAGAGGGAAACAGAAGCAGAGGAAGGAAGUGGUUGCCUCCCAGGACAGAAACAUAUCUGAGAACCCAGUGCAAAGCAAAAUACAAAAAGAAAGGGGAGGGGAUGAGUGCCCCCUGAAUAGCCAUACAGACAGGAAAACAUAUAGCUGCUUGGAGUGUGGCAAGAGCUUCUCUUGGAAUUCUCAGCUAACUAUACAUCAGAGGAUUCACACAGGAGAGAAGCCAUUUAAAUGCCAGGAAUGUGGGAAGAGCUUCAGUCAGAAAGGAGAGCUUACUUCUCAUCACCGUGUUCAUACUGGAGAGAAGCCAUAUAAGUGCUUCGAGUGUGGGAAGAGCUUCUCUCACAGUGGCAAGCUUGCUAAUCAUCGUAGAAUCCACACAGGGGAGAAGCCAUAUAAAUGCCAGGAAUGUGGGAAGAGCUUCAGUCAGAGCACAAGCCUUUCAUCACACUUCCGGCUUCACACAGGUGAAAAAUUGUAUCAGUGCUCAGAAUGUGGGAAGAGCUUCUCUUGGAAAAGCAAGCUCACUAAUCAUCAAAGGGUUCACACAGGAGAGAAGCCAUAUAAAUGCUUGGAAUGUGGGAAGAGCUUCAGUCAGAGGACACACCUUUCAACACACCUCCUUCUUCACACAGGGGAGAGACUACAUGGGUGUUCAGAAUGUGGGAAGCGCUUCAGUCAGAAAGUGCAUCUUACUUCACAUCAAAACAUCCACUCUGGGAAGGGUCCCUUUAAAUGCUCUGAUUGUGGCAAGAACUUUUGUAAUAAAUCAUUCCUUGAUCAACAUAAGAGAAUCCACACAGGAGAGAAGCCAUAUGAAUGCUCAGAGUGUGGGAAGAUCUUCUUUCAUAGUGUCAGCCUCACUAAACAUCAAAGGAUUCACACAGGGGAGAAGCCAUAUAAAUGCUUGGAGUGUGGGAAGAGCUUCAGUCAGAGGUCAACCCUUACAUCACAUCUUCUGCUUCAUACAGGUGAGAAACCAUAUCAGUGCUCAGAAUGUGGGAGGAACUUCUCUUGCAGAGGCAACCUCGCUAAACAUCAAAGGAUUCACACAGGGGAGAAGCCAUAUAAAUGCUUGCAGUGUGAGAAGAGCUUCAGGCAUAGCACAAGCUUUUCAACACACCUCCUGCUUCACACUGGUGAGAAACCAUAUCAGUGUUCAGAAUGUGGGGAAAGCUUCAGACUGAAAGUCAACCUUAAUUCACAUCAAUUCAUUCACACUGGGGAGGAUCCAUUUAAAUGCUCUGAUUGUGGCCAGAGCUGUUCUAAUAAAUCACAUCUUAAUCAACAUAAGAGGAUUCACUCAGGAGAGAAGCCAUAUACAUGCUUGGAUUGUCGGAAGAGCUUCUCUCGUCGUGACCACCUCACUAGACAUCGAAGGAUUCACACUAGGGGGAAAACAUCUCAUUGAGGUGUUCAUACAGCAGAGAAGCCAUCUGAAUUCUGAGACUGAAGCAAGUCUUUUCUCAUAAAUCUGGUGUAACUGUACUUAGGAAGAUUCAUGCAAAGUUAAAUGUCUUUUUUAUUCUUGAUCAGUGAGAUAUAAAAUCUGCUCAACCAAUCAAAGGUUCAGUGGUGAAUGAGAAGCCUCUUGUGCAAAAGCUCUAUAUACCCCAUCCCCUUUCCUAAAUACCAGGGUAGAUAAAAAUCAGUAAUUUUUUAAAAGUAAAAAAUCAGAUUUUUAAAAAAAAUUAAUUUUGUUAUUUAAAUUGGAUUGUUUAAAUAAAAUGCUUUUUGGCAAAAAAAUAUAGUUGAAAUACAUUAGAACAAGGAUUCGUUUAAAAUUAUGUAGCAUGAAUCUGUAUAUUCAUGUAACCUUAAAAAGUAGACUUCUAGAACAGGAAUAUCAUAUCUUGUUGGGGCAAGCAAAUAAAUCAUGCUCACCCCUCUCUGUUGG